ACAAUCUGAAAGUCCGAUCCCACGAUCGUCGUCGCCCCAAAAUCAACACAACAAAGUUUACGUCCGUCUGGCCAUCCAAUGCCUUUAAUGCAGUUUUUUUAGGGCUUCCUUAUGAUGUGAGGUCUUGUAAAAGACUUCAAGACAAUAAAUGGAAUAUAAGUAGUACCAGAAAAAAUUGAUUACAGAACUCAUAAAGAUUUAGGACAUAUCAAAGAAGUGAAGAAUAUCAAUUGCUUCAAUGGAACAUGAUAUUCACCAAGGGAUGAUAUCUAGAGAUGAAUAUAUUUUGCCACAAGGCAUGCUGCAUGAUGCAUUAGGUCGUGGUGCCAUGGAACGUGAGGCAGUCGUGGGAACAAAUAAUCUGAUGGCUGUUUCUAAUGAAGCUCAAAAGAGACCCUCUGUAUUUCCUAUGGAGGCAAGGGAUGCCAAAAAAUCAAGAUCCAAAACACUUCAGUUCAUAUGCAGCAUACCAGAAUGUGCAGAAAAGUUUAAUUGCCAGGAGAAUCUGGAAACGCACAGGAAAUUACACUUGGGCGUGAAACCAUUUACAUGUGAUGUUUGUGGUAAAGUUUGCCAGACAGAGAGUAAGCUUAAGAAUCACCAAGCUUCCCAUGCUAAUGAUGGCAUUAAACCAAAAUGUGACAUUUGUGAACGGAGCUUCUCAAGUCGUAGUGCACUAAACAAACAUAAAAAAAUGCUUCAUAAACAUAAACCCCAUGUUUGUCCACAUUGCCACUCAGGGUUUGAAAAGCGCAGAUAUAUGGUCGUCCAUGCUAAAAGAGCCCACAAUGCAGAUCUACCGCUGGAAAUGAAGGAGUCCGAGUCUCCAGUGUCAGCUGAAAAUUUUGAAAUGAACAACUUGGAUUCAAAUCCCAAUUUAAGUGACUGUAAACAUUUUUAUAAAGAAAAUUAUUCUUUACCUAUAAAUGAAGACCCACUGACACAUUCAACUGCCCCUAACAAUUCCCUUGAUCCCUUAGUGGAACAUGCUCAGCCUACCCAGUCAGAUUUAUCUCUUGUACAAAAGAAAACUAAUGUUCCUGGUGCUUUCUCUGUAUGUGCUCCAAUUUCUUGCGAGUUUUGCACAUCAACUUUUCCCUCAAUAGCUUAUUUGGAGCAGCACAUGGAAGUUCAUUUAGGUGAGAAAACAUAUGCCUGUCAUAAUUGUGGGAUUAGUGUCUCCAGUCUACUUGACUUAAGUAGUCAUUUGAAGCUACACACUACAGGAGUUGAGAGUUCAAACUUUAUCCCACCAAAUUACAGCAAUGGAAACUUCAAUCAGUUUGUUCCUCUACCUGCGCAGCAUGGGAACACCAGAAGUUCACAGAUGUUUGAUAAAUAUAUUUGUAUAGAAUGUAAUGAGCAGUUCUUAAACCUUGGCAGCCUCAAACGCCACCAAGCUAAAGGCCACAGUAAUGCUGUGAUGAAUGCCUGAUGUAACAUUAGUCUUAGUUCAUUCAAAAUGCAGACAAAUUCGAUCCAUCUAUGACUUUUAAUUGCAUGAUCAGUUGUAUUUAUAUUCAUAAUUUGCAAGACAAAAAUACAAUUAGUGUAUAUAUACUGUAUAACAUUUUACAGUAAUAUAAUCCAUCUAUAGCAAUAGUUACUUUGUUUAUAAAUACAGGUAAAUAACAUGGUACAGAAGAAAAAUAGUUUCUAAGCUGAUAAAGAGAGUGACAAGGAUUAUUUUGCUCUUGGAUGUUCGUACACAGAGCUAGUAGGAGCUAGUUCUCCACUUUAUAAAAUUGUGCAUAUUGCAUUAAUAAAAUUGUGCAUAUUGCAUUAAGUUCCUAUUUGUAUACAUUAUUACUGUAUAAUUAUAUUAUAUAUUUGUUGAAUGUUAUGCAUGUUGAAGGAUUACAUGUGAGUGUAAUUGUCUAAUUGUAGUUCAGCUCAAGUUAUGAUGACCCGACUUUCUCAAACAUUUCAUCAGAUUACAUUUUAAAUUCUACUGUGUUUUUAUAGCAUUCUUUACUUUUUUCAUCUGAAUUUACCUGAGAGCCACAAUCUCUCUAGUGUCUUCAAAAGGGACAGGAAGCUGAUGGUUUGUCAAAGGUUGUCCAAUUGUUCCUGAGGAUUUUUUCUAUCAGAGUUUUAAACUGAAGUACAAUAAAGUCUUGGCAUUUAUAACUUCAAUUGGUAGGUGGUUUCAUGUAUUUAUAACCCUGUUGGUGUAAAAGCAUCUGUUUUCUGUCCUACAUUGUGGCUUGUUGAGCUUGAAGCUGUUGCCCCAUGUCUUGUAAUCUGUUCCACAACUGUUCCCGAAGAAGUAUUUCCUCAUGUUUUACUUGGAGAGUUCUUAAUGGUGGCUCUUUGAUGCUUGCCACCUGGCAAGCUCCAUCCAAUUCAAUCCAUGCCAGACCUUUUCGAAUCAUAUAUAAGCCUAACAGGGACAAAAGUCAAAACCUGGCUCCUCUUUGAGGCACAAGGAGAAGGGAAAUGUAGAUCACCCCUAAUCAAGAAAAGGGUACCAGAAAGGUGGAUGAAUCAAAACAGAUGACAGCAAGGUUGACAAAGCAUAGAAAAUGGGACAUUGAAGCCAUGUGACUCAUGAACCACAUGGUGGUGAAGCAAUUCUCACAUUAGUAGCACCUGUGCACCUCAAGGGACUGCAUACCUUCCUUCUCGAUCUACAAACUUUGAAUCCUUAGUCAUAUUACUUGGCGCUUACUUUAAUCACAUUUGCGGUAAUGCUUCUCUUUCUGUCCCAGUUUUUUCAGAUAAGUGCAGUCCAUCCUGGAAUCUGUGUUUGUUCUAUGGGGCCAUUUGCUUGUGUAUUUGUUGAGUUUUAGCAUUUGUUUUGCAAUGCAUGUACAGUGUGUGUGUGUGUGUGUGUGUCUGUGUGUACUCACCUAUUUGUGCUUGCAGGAUUGAGCAUUGGCUCUUGGAUCCCGCCUUUCCAGCCAUCGGUUGUUUACAGCA